AUUUUUGUCUCCUUAAAUUACAGGUACCAUGGAUCAUAUCUUAAGGGAACAGGUUUAUGGAUCAUCAUGGAAUACUGUUCAGGAGGAUCAUGUAGUGAUUUAAUGAAAAUGGGGACUAUCCGAGAAGAGUAUAUAGCAAUUAUCAUUAAAGAAUUAUUAAAGGGCUUGGAUUAUCUUCAUAAUGAAGGAAAACUGCACAGAGACAUUAAAGCUGCCAAUAUUUUAUUAAGCGCCUCCGGUGAAGUCAAAUUGGCGGAUUUUGGUGUGUCGGGACAAAUCACUGCCACAUUGACCAAAAAAAAUACAUUUGUCGGCACACCAUUUUGGAUGGCUCCCGAAGUUAUUAAACAAUCUGGAUACGAUUAUAAGGCUGAUAUUUGGUCUCUUGGUAUCACCGCUAUAGAACUCGCCAAUGGGGAACCACCCUAUGCUAAAAUGCACCCAAUGAAAGUAUUAUUCCAUAUACCCAAAAAUGAGCCUCCAACUCUUGGUCCUCCUCACAGUAAAGCAUUCCGUGAUUUUGUUAGCAUGUGCUUACAAACGAGUCCUGCCAACAGACCUACAGCCAAAGAUCUGUUAAAGCACAAAUUUGUCAAGAGUAGUAAGAAGGUCGCCUAUUUGACCGAAUUGAUUGAAGGACAUGAACGUUGGGUGAAUAUAAAUGGACGUGACAACGAUUCUUCCGACGAGGAGAACAAUGUCGAAUCAGACGAUGAAGAUACAUGGGACUUUGGUACUAUUAAACAGGCAGCUUCGCCACAGCCAAAACCUGUCGUUCAAAUGCAAAGUUCUGCCAGUCAAUAUUCAGUUAACAGCUUCACAACAGAAAAAUUUCAACAAACUCCAUCACCUACCUCUCAACAAUUACCAAGAUCAGUUAGCAGAAACCAAGUUAAUCCACAAUCGCACCCAUCUCCUCCUAAUUCUAGAGUUAACGAAGUGACUACAAAGAUGCAAAGUACAGGAUUUCGGCAUAGUACCAGUGAGUACGAAGACGUCGGUCAAAGUACUGUCCGAGCUACUGAAAUUGGUGCAUACCCUCGGUCCAAUAAGCGAAGCAGUAUGAUUCAACAACCCGUGGUAGCAAACCCACUUCCUCCUUUACCAAACAAAUCACCAUCAUCCAGAAGUAUCAGUACAGUAGCAUCUAAAAAUUUUAGCAACAACGAUACGGCAUUUUUAGAGAUGAUUUUACCCAUGAUUGAUAAACUUCAAAAAAAUUGUAAAAAUCAUAAGAGUUUGGCUGCAGUGGAGUCUCUACAAAAAUCACUUGUUUCGGUUGAGCGUGAACUUCCGGGUACCAUAAAGUGUCUCUUUGAAGACGUUGCUGACAUGUUGUAAAUUUGAAUAUAAAUAAAAGCCGAAAAUGCAAGAUUAGUUAUUUUGUUGUGCGUUUUUCUCG